AGCUCAAGAUUGUAGAGAGGGGGGGGAGUGAGAGGGGAAAGGAGGGGAGUGUGGUGAAUCGUCGUUUCUGUGUGCUGUGCUCAAACUCCCUUUUUUAUACGGAUUAUUCUUUAUUUUUGCUCCGAUCUUCCUUUUCAUCAAUGCAAUACAGGGAACGCGGGCGCGCUGUUUUUGUGCCAUCCCGUUCACGCGUGGAGCAGCCUGCACAUUUACUGUAAAGCCAUAUUGACAGAGCCAUAAAGCUGCCGCAAAGAUGCAGGUUUUUACCAAAUAAUUCGGACGCCGGUUUUUCCUCGGAGGGUCCCGGCCGGAGGACUCGCCGCUGUCUGGGAAUCCAGAGAUGGCGCGGCUAUUGUUUCUGAUUAUUCUCUGCGCUCUUCCGCCUUUAGUUGUGCCCAUACAUAAUUCAUCAGCAGGAGGCUGUGCCAUCAUCCGACCUCCAAGGGACGGCGGGAUCCGCUACAGAGGCCUGACGCAGGAGCAGAUCCGCAGUGUGCAGAUCCUGCCAGUGGAUUAUGAGAUCGAGUACAUCUGCAGAGGAAACCGGGUGAUCGUUGGACCAAAGGUCAGGAAGUGCUUGGCCAACGGCACAUGGACGGACAUGACGCUGCCCAGCACCUGCUUGCUGCUAUGCCCGCGGGUGUGGACCUCUCUGGAGAAUGGCAGGGUGACGGCGAACCCCCCGGGGCCUCCGGUGGAAGGGACGGCGCUCCAUUACAGCUGCCACGCCGGCUUCAUCCUGGAAGGGAGAAACAUCAGCCACUGCACCAAGCUGGGCAAAUGGGACGCGCCCAAACCCACCUGCCUGUAUGACAGAAACUACACAGGCAAGAAGAAGCUGUACAUCGGAGCGCUGUUCCCCAUGAGCGGGGGCUGGCCCGGCGGGCAGGCGUGCAUGCCCUCCGCUCAGAUGGCUCUGGACCUGGUCAACAACAGGAGCGACAUCCUGCCGGACUACGAGCUGGAGCUCAUCCACUACGACAGCAUGUGUGACCCAGGAGAAGCCACCAAGCUGCUGUAUGACCUGCUCUACACCGAGCCCAUCAAGAUCGUGCUGAUGCCCGGCUGCAGCGGCGUUUCCACGCUGGUGGCAGAAGCUGCUCGCAUGUGGAACCUCAUUGUGCUGUCAUACGGCUCCAGCUCGCCCGCCCUGUCCAACCGCCAGCGCUUCCCCACCUUCUUCCGAACGCACCCCUCCGCCACCCUGCACAACCCCACCAGGGUGCAGCUCUUCCAGAAGUGGAAGUGGACGCGCAUCGCCACCAUCCAGCAGACCACAGAAGUCUUCACCUCCACGCUGGAUGAUCUGGAGCAGAGGGUGAAGGAGGCAGGCAUCGAGAUCAGCGUUCGUCAGAGUUUCCUCACCGACCCGGCUGUUGCUGUCAAGAACCUCAAGCGCCAGGACGCCAGGAUCAUCGUGGGGCUCUUCUACGAGACCGAAGCCAGGAAGGUGUUUUGUGAGGUGUACAAGGAGAAGCUGUAUGGAAAGAAGUACGUCUGGUUCCUGAUCGGCUGGUAUGCCGACAACUGGUUCAAGAUCAAAGACCCGGCGAUCAACUGCACCGCCGAGAACAUGGCGGAGGCCGUGGAGGGUCACGUGACCACAGAGAUCGUCAUGCUGAACCCGGAGACUGUCCGUGGCGUCUCCAACUUGACGUCGCAGGAGUUUCUUGCUGCCUUGAUGUCCCGCCUGGGGGGGAAGAACCCGGAGGAGACCGGUGGGUUUCAAGAAGCCCCUUUAGCCUAUGACGCGGUGUGGGCUCUGGCUCUCGCCCUCAACAAGACCGUGGCACCUCUUAAGGCCAAAGGUCGACGCCUGGAGGACUUCAACUACAACAACCACGACAUCACAUCUGAGAUCUACAGAGCGCUCAACACCAGCUCCUUUGAAGGGGUUUCGGGCCAGGUGGUGUUUGACGCUCAGGGUUCCAGGAUGGCAAUGACCCUCAUCGAGCAACUGCAAGGUGGCAGUUAUAAGAAGAUCGGUUACUAUGACAGCUCACAGAAGAACCUCUCCUGGUUCGGGAACGAUGUUUGGAUAGGGGCGGGGCCUCCAGCAGAUCGGACGGUAGUCAUUGAGGAGUACAGGUUCCUGUCUCAGAAGCUGUUUGCAGCCGUGUCGGUCUUCGCCGGCCUCGGUAUUCUGCUCGGCAUCGUCUGCCUGACCUUCAACAUCUAUAACGGCAACGUACGCUACAUCCAGAACUCCCAGCCCUACCUGAACAACAUGACGGCGGUGGGCUGCAUGAUGGCGCUGGCUGCGGUGUUUCCGUUGGGGAUCGACGGCCACCACGUCCACAGAUCACAGUUCCCCGUCGUCUGCCAGUUUCGCCUGUGGCUGCUGGGCCUCGGCUUCAGCCUGGCGUACGGCAGCAUGUUCACCAAGAUCUGGUGGGUUCACACCCUCUUCACCAAGAAGGAUGAGAAGAAGGAGAAAAAGAAGCAGCCCUUGGAGCCGUGGAAACUCUACGCAACGGUUGGAGUUCUGCUGGGCAUCGACUUCCUGUCGCUGGUGAUCUGGCAGGGCGUGGAUCCUCUGCACAUCACGGUGGAGAAGUUCACAAAGGAAGCUCCCAAAGAAGAUCUGGACGUCCUGAUUCAGCCUCUGUUGGAGCACUGCAGCUCAGAGAAGAUGAACACGUGGCUCGGUGUGGUUUAUGGCUACAAGGGUCUGCUGCUGCUGCUGGGCAUUUUCCUGGCCUACGAGACCAAGUCUGUCUCCACUGAAAAGAUCAACGACCAUCGAGCCGUGGGGAUGGCUAUUUACAACGUAGCUGUUUUGUGUCUGAUCACGGCUCCUGUGACGAUGAUCUUGUCCUCGCAGCAGGACGCCUCGUUUGCCUUCGCCUCUCUCGCCAUCGUCUUCUCGGCCUACAUCACCCUGGUGGUGCUCUUUGUACCCAAGAUGCGGCGCCUCAUCACCCGCGGUGAGUGGCAGUCGGAGCAGCAGGACACGCUGAAGACCGGCUCCUCCACCAACAACAACGACGAGGAGAAGUCCAGGCAGCUGGAGCGCGAGAACAGGGAGCUGCAGAAGAUCAUCCAGGAGAAAGAGGAGCGAGUGUCCGCGCUCCGCAACCAGCUGGCCGAGCGGCAGGCUCUGCGAAACCGCCGGCGACCCUCCUCUGGCCAGAAUCAGAACCACAACGCCCAGGCAGACCCCAAGUCGCUGCUCCCCCCACCCGGCUACCCGAACCCCACCAUGGACAAUCACUCCAUGCCGCCCUCCUUCUCCAACUCAUCCAAUCUCUACCCAGCCGAAAGCAAGAUGGGUCGCAACCACUGUCACAACAGCCAGAUCCCUCUGCUGUACAAGUAAAAACGCCAGGGCGGGGCCUGAAGGUGCGCACACGGGGGGCGGGGACACGGAACACAACGUGACACUGUGACUUUCACUUUUUUUGGGUGGAGCACGCAGAGGUGCGAUGGAAACACAAUGAGAACACGGCAGCUGUGGAGGAAGCCACGCUCCUCCUCACAGCUUUGAUCUCACAAGCCGGAAACAAAAGCACAUCUCUGAGGAGCCGCACGCCACCUCCAGCAAACCGUGGAGCGCCUCCUCAUCCGUUAUCUGCUUCUGUUGUGGAGACGCCACGUGGAGGAGGGUCUUUGUGUCUUUGGUAUUCCAUCUCCACGUUUCGUCCUUCGAGUUCGUUGACUUCACUCUGUGGUUUAUAUCGUUCUGUAAUAAUUGAUCUAUUUGUCAUGAAGUUCUUCUAAACAGAAGAAGAAUCUCUGUGGAGCAGCUCUGCGAGGGACAGCAGACUCACGCAAACGUGAAAUAGCCAUAACCUACAGGCCAGAGAGCUUAGCAUGUGUGGUGUCAGGGCUGUGUAUUCAGUACAGUACUGUAUUUUAAUAACCCAAUCCUUUACGCCGUUCGCUUCACAAACGAUGAGGAACAGCUGAAUGCUUGCUGAGAACAGUAGAAGUUGAGCUGUUUUGUGAAAAAAACUCCCAAUUCUUGUUUUGAGGAUUUUCACCCCCUCCAUGCCGCCUGCAUCUUUAGUGAUUCUUUGGUCCCUUUCUGUUCCAAAGCAAUACUGGACCCAUUUCCACCGCACAUCCUGCGGUUCAGGCUGGAGAAGCUACAAAAAAAAAAAAAAAAGCCACAAUUUAUGCAAAAAGCACAUCCGCGCAGACAGACGUCUAACAGUUCAGGUUUGAGGCACAAUUUCAGUGUGAAAAUCGUCACUGAUUGAGGUUGUAAAAAGAAAACUGUUACAUCAUAAAGGUCAUAGUCUGUCUCUCCUUCCUGUUUUUGCAAAAAUAGUUGCCCCCGAGCUGAAACUUCAAGGCACUUCCUGCUUUCCUGCUUCAAAAUAAGGGCCUUUCUUGCAGGUAUUUAGAGAAAGCACACUUUUUUCCAUGAGAUUUCUUACCUGGAACCUGUUUCUCGUCAUUCUUGUGAGCUUUUCUUUCUUUUCUAAGUGACAAUCGGGAAUGAUGGCAGCCUUUUUUUUUGUCUUCAAAAAAAUAGUUUGGAAGAAGGUCAGAAAGUAACACAAGGAACCGUAUUUAUCCAGCAGUUAAUCGGAAUGCUCUAUUUCAUUCAUGACCUCAGAAGCAAUGAAGCCCGAAGAGCUCAAUCGGCAACAAACGUUUCAGUAUCUGUAAAUCGAUGUUCAUCUGAUGGAGCACUUUAACCUGAAAUGAUGACAGUUGGAAAACUCAUUAAAGCUCAGGGUUUUGAGGCGCAACGGUCAACUGAAAUGAAUGAAACAGGCCAUUUUUAUUAACUCCGCAGAGAUAGUGUAACAUAUGAAUGCAGAAUUAUAAAAAGAUGUUCUAUUAUCUUGCACAUAUAUGGUAAUAUACAUGGAUUGUGGGGAUAUUUGUAUUCACUAUCUAUGAUCUUUAAUGUUGGUAUAUUUCAGAGUAUGUGUAUGCAAAUAUAUGGGAAAAGUGAAUAAAUUCAAUGUUUUUUCACUCGA